AUGCUUCUGUUGAAAAACUUGUGGCUAAGCAUUCCUGUGGCACGGCAAAGCCAGAUUCUUGGUUACAAACAGGCACUUAGCUUCCUUGUGGAUUUUUCUUCUCUCUCUCUCUCUCUCUUUUGUAUUUCAGUUCAAACUUAUUUUUUCAAGACUAGCGGGGGGAAUAUAAACAAACCACAAGGACUGGCUGAAGAAUCAUCUUGGGCUGGGGUCAUGGCUUCCAACAGCAUAUUUGACUCGUUUGCAACCUAUUCGCCAACCUUCCUCCGUGACCCCAGCACCAGCCGGCGCUUCACACCUCCCUCCACGGCCUUCCCCUGCGGUAAGAUGGGAGAGAACAGCGGGGCGCUGAGCGCGCCGGCGCCGGGCUCCCGAAGUCGGCCCGAGGUGCGCUCGGUGGUGGACGUGCUGGCGGACCACGCGGGCGAGCUGGUGCGGACAGACAGCCCCAACUUCUUGUGCUCGGUGCUGCCUUCACACUGGAGGUGCAACAAGACCCUGCCGGUGGCCUUCAAGGUGGUAGCCCUUGGAGAUGUACCUGAUGGGACUGUAGUCACAGUCAUGGCUGGAAACGAUGAGAAUUAUUCUGCAGAGCUCAGAAAUGCCUCCGCAGUCAUGAAAAAUCAAGUGGCAAGGUUUAAUGACCUCAGAUUUGUUGGGCGAAGUGGCAGAGGAAAAAGCUUUACAUUGACAAUCACAGUGUUCACAAACCCCACACAAGUCGCUACCUAUCACCGAGCCAUUAAAGUGACUGUGGAUGGACCCCGGGAACCAAGAAGGCACAGACAAAAGCUAGAAGACCAAGCCAAGCCCUACACAGACCGCUAUAGCGAACUGGAACGUCUGCGCCAGUCUAUGAGAGUUACCCCAACAACUCCCAACCCCCGAGGAUCCCUGACCGCCCCAGGCCACUUUGGGUCACAGACUCAGACUCCAAUACAAGGCACGUCGGAUCUGAGCCCCUUCUCCGACCCACGUCAGUUUGAUCGUUCCUUUCCCACGCUGCCGACCCUCGCCGAGACCAGGUUUUCCGAUCCCCGGAUGCAUUACCCCGGCGCGAUGUCAGCGACCUUCCCUUACACCGCCACGCCGUCAGCCACGGGGAUCAGUGGCAUCAGCAUGACCAGCAUGCCCACCACAACCCGCUUCCACCAUACCUACCUUCCGCCACCCUACCCUGGCUCCACCCAGAACCAAAGUGGACCCUUCCAAACCAACCCCUCCCCUUACCAUUUGUACUACGGUACGUCGUCCGGAUCGUACCAGUUCUCCAUGGUGGCAGGGGGGGAGCGCUCGCCCACAAGGAUGCUGUCCUCCUGCACGAGUGCCUCGGCGGGCAACAACUUAAUGAAUCCCAACCUUGCCAAUCAGAAUGAUGGAGUGGAUGCGGAUGGUAGUCACAGUAACUCGCCUACGGCCAUGACGACCACCGGGAGGAUGGAUGAGUCUGUCUGGAGACCCUAUUAG